UUUCCAGCCGGAGCAUAACACUGGGAACACGAAAUGGCGACCUCCUUGCUGCGGUUAGGGCGACUGGGUUCCCUCAAGUGUCUCCAGUUGGAGAGCUGGGGCGUCCUGAGGAGUCCCUCGGCCGCUUCCCUCUGCACUCAGGCUAAAGAGCCCGCAAAGCCAGCGAAAAAGACAAAGGCUGCAGGCAAGACAGCAGAGGCUCCAGAUGACAGAGCAACCUUGCUAGCCUACAAGACAGCAGUUGCCUUCCCAGUUAAACUUUCUGAGCCUGGAGCUUUCCCAGUACAGUCUCUAGGUGUAACUGAACCAGUGGCCAGCCCCGCUGCCACCGCAGAAACAAUUGUAGCUGCAGCAUCUGUCACUGCCGCCAGUGAACCAGCUGUUGCUGACCCAGAUGUCGCUCAGGUUAUGCCUGACACCGCUCCGCUUGUGGUUGACGCAGCCCCCCUACCUGCUGAGCCCCUGGUUGAUGCAAGCGGUAAAACCUCCGCACCAGACGACACUCCAGUCGCAGCCUCCGCCACAGAGGACGCAGUCCCAGCCGCCGCAGCCUCCUCUGAGCCUGGUGAUCCAGCAGCUGACGGAUCAUCCUCCUCAUCGUCCAGCGAUUCGGAUUCGGACUCGGACUCGGACUCUGACUCUGAGGACGAGAAGUCACAAGUGAAGACUGAAACCAAGACCUCGCCACCAGAGGUGUCAGACUCCACUGUGAAAGAAGUCCAAGAGGUUGCAUCAGAAGUGAAACAAGACACCAAUGAAGCUAAGAAGGAAGUUCCAGUAGAGGAGGCCUCUCCAGCAGCAGCAGCAGCGCCCACAGAAGCAGUUCAAGCCAUCGCCGAGGCUCCCAGUGUUAGCUCUGAGGAGUUAGUAGACCCUGCCCCUGAGAUCGCCACUGCCACCAAAGACACCGUGACCAGCCCAGAGGUUCCGGCUGAAGCUGCGGUGGAACCUGCUCCCGAAGUAAUAGAAGACGUUGCACCUCCUGCCAUCCCCGACGCGCAAGUAGAAACUCCAGCUGAAGUUGUGAUCGAGGCUGCAACUCAAGAAAAAGCCCCAGCUGAUGCUCCCGUAGAAACCACAGAGCCUGCCUCUGCCCAAGCUGCCGAAGCCCCCUCAGAAACUACUGAAGCUGCCCCUGUAGAAGCUGCUGCAGAGCCUGUAAAAGCUGCCCCCACUGACGUGGCUGCUGAGGCUGCAGCUGAAGUUUUGGCCCCUGUGGAGAGCACCGAGGAGCUGGUGGACCCUGCUCCAGUCAUAGCUGAAGCUGCCCCCACUGAAGUGGCUGCUGAGGCUGCAGCUGAAGUUUCGGCCCCUCUGGAGAGCACCGAGGAGCUGGUGGACCCUGCUCCAGUCGUAGCUGAAGCUGCCCCCACUGAAGUGGCUGCUGAGGCUGAAGCUGCCCCUGUAGAAGCUGCUGCAGAGCCUGUAGAAGCUGAAGCUGCCCCUGUAGAAGCUGCUGCAGAGCCUGUAGAAGCUGAAGCUGCCCCUGUAGAAGCUGCUGCAGAGCCUGUAGAAGCUGAAGCUGCCCCCACUGCCGUGGCUGCUGAGGCUGCAGCUGAAGUGUCGGCCCCUGUGGAGAGCACCGAGGAGCUGGUGGACCCUGCUCCAGUCGUAGCUGAAGCUGCAGGAGAGGAGCUGCAGGCAGAGUCCCCAGUUGAACCAUCUGAGGAGGCUCCAGCAGCGGUACCUCCAGAGCCCGAUGAGCCUUUUGACAACAGCACUUAUAAAAACUACCAGCACCACAACUACACCCCUUUCACAUUUGCAGACCUGGAUGUAGAGAUGGCCAAGUUCCGUCUCCCGCAGCCCUCCUCCAUCAGACACUAGAAGAGUUGGCCUGGCUGCAAACUGUUAAUGUUGCUGAAAGAUAAUGGAGAUGGUGUUGUACCUUUUUAUGAUGAUUAUCCCCCUCACCUGUCAGAUCAGCAUGACAUUCUGCUGUUAAAUGUUAUAUUAUUAAAGUAAACAAAUGAGAAAUGAA